AUGAGGCGACUCUUGCGUCCUCGAUCGAACACCAGCGAACGCUUGGCGUCUCAUUACGGUAUCCUUGGCCCUGCAAGAUCAAUUUACAUCACCAUGAGAGCUAGUUUCUCUGCUUCUGAUGUUCCUCUGAAUGCUCCCCAUGGAGCCAGAGAGAGACGCUUCUCCACCAACAAGGAGCCUACCGACAGUGAGCUGACCUCGUCGGUUCACCGUCAGUUCCGCAACGCUCAUGAGGGACACAAGCCCCAUGCUGGAUUGGACCCUUCACGUGCAUCUACUGGAGUUGUUUGGACUACCGAGAGAGCCUACGAGCAUGGCUUUGCUGACCACCCAGAGAAAUGGGCAAAUUUGGGUCAAGGCGCCCCCGAGGUUGAUGAUGAGAUCGAGGGCUGCUUCGAGAGACCUCAUACCAUCGAUGUGGAAGCCGUCGCCAAUCUCUACAACGAGCACCACCGCAAAGGCAAGGAGAGCCAAUACACCUGGGAGAACGUCUGCAUCGUCCCUGGUGGUAGGGCCGGUCUCAUCAGAAUCGCCGCUGUGAUAGAUUACACUGCGUAUAACGAGAUGUUAUCUCUGUUCCGUAACUUCAGCGCCAUCCCGAUUCCAUUGUCUAAGCAAGAUGGAUACCACAUGCACCCUGACAAGAUUGCGGAAGAGAUUGCUCGUGGUACCAGUGUUAUCCUGACAUCCAACCCUCGCAAUCCUACAGGCCAGGUCCUCACGAACCCUGAGCUUGCCCAGAUCCAGGACAUCUGUAAGGCUUCAAGAGAUUUACUAUGCCUGCAAAAGCUGAUAGGACCCCAUAGGUNNAGAGACCGUGCGACAUUGAUCAUGGAUGAGUUCUAUGGCGGCUACAAUUACACCAGUGAUUGCGACGGUACUGUUGUCUCUGCUGCUGACAACAUCGAAGAUGUCGACGAAGAUGUUGCUUGGAUCGUUGGACCCAAGGAGUUUAUCAAGGCUAUCGGCUCUUGUGGAUCUUACCUCGACGGAGGCACCAAUGUUCCCUUCCAAGAGGCUGCCAUCCCCAUGCUUGAGCCCACCAAAGUCAAGCACGAGAUGCGUGCCUUGCAACACCAUUUCCGCGAAAAGAGAGACUAUGUCAUUGGCAGACUGAAGGAUAUGGGCUUCGAAAUUGCGAUAGUGCCCAACUCGACCUUUUACUUGUGGCUGGACUUGUCUUCUCUCCCCGAAGGCAUCAACGAUGGUCUCAAUUUCUUCAAUGCCUGUCUCCACGAGAAGGUCAUUGUCGUUCCUGGAAUCUUCUUCGAUCUCAACCCCAGCAAGAGAAGAGAUCUUUUUGACUCUCCUUGCCACAAGAACGUCAGACUGAGUUACGGUCCAAGAAUGGACGUCCUGAAGAUGGGUCUGGAUGGUAUCGAGAGAGUUGUCAAGAAGUAA